AUGCAUCUCGAACACCUCCCUCUCGGGGAUGCAGACUUCCCAGAACUAACCAGGGCAUUGUGGGAGGCCUACGAAACACCUCAUCAACCGUUCUUCCGCGCUUAUUGUCCGAUUCUUAACAAUGACCGGGAGAAGAGUAUUGCAAACUCCGAGAGACUCUUCGAGGAGGAAUACAGGGGCGAGUUCCCCAAGGCUCAGUGGAUGAAGGUAGUUGAUACAGACGCGGACAAUAAGAUCGUCGGUGCAGCACUAUGGAAGAUCUACGAGACGGAUCCAUUUGAGGGCUACGAUGAAGAGAAAGUUGUAGCCGACUGGCACCCCGAAGGCUCGAUGGGCAGAGUGGUUGCGACUGGGUUUCUUCGUGGAGUCACUGCCCCUCGCGCGAAGAUGGCAAGGAGACCUCAUAUAUUUUUGAAUAUUGCGUUUACCAUACCUUCCUACCGCCGUCGUGGUGUAGGAGCCCUGUUCCUCCAAUGGGGGGUGGACAAGGCCGACGCUAUGGGACUUGAAUGCUGGCUCGAUGCUACCGAUUAUGGUCGGCCGGUCUAUGAACGCUAUGGUUUUAUCAACGUGGACGAUCGGCAUAUAGAGUCUCCCAUGCCCGAGGGGCUUUCGGAGACGGAGAUGAAGGAAUUUGAGGCUGCGCGAGCGGAGAUGCUGCCUGCGCAUAACUCCUGCAUGUGGCGGCCAAAGGGCGGGGUUUAUACCGAAGGUGUCACUGAAAAGCCAUGGGAGAACAUAGAAUAUGGUCGCAAUCUACUCCUCCAACUCGAACGCAGCUCGUCGGAGAUAAAACACCCCCAGCGCAAACAAACCGUUCAAUCAGACCUCUCGCAAAAGAGACAGCAACUCAAGAUCCUCCGGCAAAGGCUAGAUGACCUAGGCACUCAGGCACAUGCUCGCGCAACAGCAGCAGCCAAUACAGCCACACCCGAAUCCGAAAUCGAUGCAAGCAUCUACACGUCAGAAGAUGAAGAGGAUAUCCUUCCCACGCCGCAGGACAGUGCCACGCCGGAAAAUACAUCGUCACGAGCAUCGACCAGCUCUGCGAAUGUAAGGGAUGACUCCAAGCAGACAGGGGAGAAAGAAGCGUCCACCCGAUCAGAACGAAGUCUAAGCUCAACUAUUCCCACACCACCAUCCUCGACGUUCGGGCCCGGGUCUGUUCACGGAGAGGAAUUCAGCUCAAAUACAUUACGCAGCCGAAAUAACAUACCCACCCCUACGACAGCACAUACUCCCACCGAAACAGCCAGCCACCCUACCAAAGCCACCAUGUCAACAGGGACCUUCUCAGCUUCCGCCCAUCCGGCUGCAUCCACACCCACAUAUACAUCAGCCGCCCCCAACCCUCCGUUCCGCCCCCACCCCUCUUCAAAAAUAGGUGCAGAUGCAAGCAAAGAACUAGAUUCCGAAACGUCCUUGUCCAUCGAUCGCCAAGAACAGGAAUCUCUCACCGACUCCCUGCUCACACUGGCUGCACAGCUAAAGACAUCAACACAUACGUUCCAUACGACGCUGGAGUCGGAGAAAUCUGUCCUCGACCGUGCUGUUGAAGGGUUGGAUAAGAACACCUCUGGCCUAGAGUCGGCGGGGCAGAGGAUGGGAAUGCUUCGACGGAUGAGCGAGGGGAGGGGGUGGUGGGGCCGUAUGCUGAUGUAUCUAUGGAUAUUCGGGCUGUGGUUUGUGGCUAUUAUGAUUGUUUAUGUCGGGCCGAAGCUGAGGUUUUAA